AUGGAAAACCUUGCUGAAUCUUUCAAAGACUUGCUUCACAAAAUAGCAAAAGAACAGAAAUUCGUCGACUACAAUUUAGACAUCAAGGAAAUAUCAAGCGGAGGAGCAAACUAUACGUCCAAGUUGUUCUCGGUGACUGUCACUGAGGGUACCAACACUCUGCGACUGUUCUGUAAAGUCGCAGCCAUCGGUGAGGCGAUGCGGGCUCAGCUAGCAAAAAUAUACGAGACUGAACAUUUAUUUUAUACAAAACUAGGGAAACUGUACCAAACUAUAGAGGACCAGUGCGGAAUACCAAACGAACUUAAGUUAAGCGUCAGCAAGUACUACGGAAGUAUUACUAAACUAAACGAAGAAGUUAUGGUGCUGGAGGACCUUGUGGCAGCAGGGUACGAGGCUUACGACAGGUUCAAGUCGAUAGACUGGCCGUACGCGCAGGCUGCGGUCCGAGAACUGGCCAAGUUCCAUGCAUGCGCCUGGGCAUACGGUAAACAGGACCCUGAGGGAUUUGAUGAAGUUAUGAAAAAUGUAAUGUUUGAUAUCGAUUUGGAAAACGAAAACAUGCAGAUAUAUAUGACCAACAUGAAGAACAAAGCAGUCGAAACAGUGAGAGAUGAAAAUAAAAAUAAAGUGCAAACAUAUUUCGAAAGCUUUAACGUAGCAACGUAUACAGAGGUUUUUAAAAGAAGCCGGCGACUGGUGCUUGGCCACGGGGACUUUAGACCAAGCAACUUGAUGCACAAGAAUCUUGACGACGGCUCAAUAGCCAUCAAGGUCGUGGAUCUCCAGACGCUGCAGGGCGGCAGUCCGGUCACCGACCUGAUCUACUUCAUCUUCACUGGCUCUGAUGAGAAGUUCCGCGCGCAGUACUUCGACAAGCUGCUGGACCACUACUACUCAGAGCUCAGUGCUGCCAUGAAGAGGCUGCAGCUCAACCCUGACGAGGUCUUCUCUCGAGAAGACUUCGACUAUGAAAUGAAAGAGAAGCUGCCAUUCGGUCUUGUCCUCGCCGCGUUCACACUGCCAGUCGUCACAGUAGAUACUGAGAAUGCCCCCCAAGUGGACGAGUCCCUCGAUAUCACCAGUUUUAACGUGGAGAAGACCAGCGACCUGUACGCGGAGAGGCUGAACGGAGUGGUCAACGACUACGUCAAGUGGGGCAUUCUCAAAUAA